AUGGACGCCUGCUCUCUCGUCCGCCGCCAUCUACCACGGCCACUACAGCUCCCGCUCCUCGCGCCUUCAAUUCCCAGCCGCCGGCGCCACCGCCGCGUCGCCACCGCCGUGGUCCGCUGCUGCUGCUCCGCCGCCGCGGCAGACCACCACCAGGAGCGGCCCUGGGAGUGGUACGACCGCGCCAUCCAGUCCUACGCAGGGUCCGACCUGGCGCGCUCCCUCGGCCUCCUCGCCGACAUGCAGGCGUCGGGGGCGCGCCCGAGCGCCGGCGCUUACGCGCGCCUCAUCCGCGCGCUGUCCCGCGCGGGGCGCGCGCUGGAGGCCGAGGCGCUCCUACUCGAGAUGCGCCGCCUCGGCCCGCGCCCGGACGCCGCGCACUACAACGCGCUCCUCGAGGGCCUGCUCGCCGCCGCUAGGCUCCGCCUCGCCGACCGCCUCCUCCUCCAGAUGGCGGACGACGGCGUCGCCAGGAACCGGCGCACCUACACGCUCCUGCUGGGCGCGUACGCGCGCGCCGGCCGGCUCGAGGACUCGUGGUGGGUGCUCGGCGAGAUGGGGCGCCGGGGCAUCCGCCUCGACACCGCCGGGUAUAGCAUGCUCGUGCGGCUGUACCGGGACAAUGGCAUGUGGAAGAAGGCCACCGACCUCGUCAUGGAGAUGCAGGAGGUUGGGGUGGAGCUGGAUGUUAAGAUCUACAGCGGCCUGAUCGAUACUUUCGGCAAGUAUGGACAGCUAGCGGACGCACGCAGGGUGUUUGAUAAAAUGCGCACCGAAGGCGUCAAGCCGGAUAUAUCGACUUGGAAUGCCUUGAUUCGAUGGCAUUGUCGGGUGGGGAACAUGAAACGCGCUCUGCGGUUCUUCACCUCCAUGCAGGAGGAAGGGAUGUACCCGGACCCAAAGAUAUUUGUUAUGAUCAUCAGCCGGUUGGGGGAGCAGGGGAAGUGGGAUGAGAUCAAGAAGCUGUUUGAUGGCAUGAAGAAUCGAGGUUUCAAGGAGAGCGGUGCAGUGUAUGCAGUAUUGGUUGACAUUUAUGGGCAAUAUGGCCAUUUUCGUGAUGCACGGGAGUGUAUAGCUGCUCUUAGAGCUGAGAAUACGCAGCUUUCACCUCGUGUGUUUUGUGUCCUUGCCAAUGCUUAUGCUCAACAGGGGUUGUGUGAACAAACUGUAAAUGUACUUCAGUUAAUGGAGGAAGAAGGAUUUGAGCCAAACCUUGUUAUGCUGAAUUUGUUAAUCAACGCUUUUGGCACUGCUGGAAGGCAUUUGGAGGCACUAGCUGUAUUCCAGCAUAUCAAGGAUAGUGGUAUGAGCCCAGAUGUUGUGACAUACACUACGCUUAUGAAAACAUUCAUGAGAGCAAAGAAAUUUGAAAAGGUAUCUGAAGUAUACAGAGAAAUGGAACAUGCUGGAUGCACUCCAGAUAGAAAAGCCAGAGAAAUGUUACAUGAUGCAAAUGUAAUUCUGGAACAAAGAGGAUAUGAUCCUGUACUGGUAUUUUCUCCAAUGUUGGGAUGGUUAUGGCAUCAAACCAAUAACUCUGUAUUUCCAAGGCUCCUGAAUGUUUACGUUGAACAGAAGAGUGAAAAAGGGGCGUGGAGUGCAAAGAUCUGGGGGAAACUGAUCCCUCUUCACUUUCCUGCAAGGGCCGGUGAAAAGGAGGCUCUGGAGGACGGUCUGUGGAUGUUCGGGAAGGACUUGGUGGUGAUGGCGGAGUUUGAUGGCGCCAAAACCAUAGAUGAGAUUGAGUUCAACUCAAUUCUGAUCUGGACGGAUGGGGAACUGAUUGGUGAGAUGAUUGGGGAGGUCAUGGAGGUGGCUAUCGGCUUGAUGAGGAGGGUUACUCUGGAUCUAGGCGAGGGCCAGGAAAACACGAAGUGGCUUCCGUGGACAAGCAACUCGGGGGAGUUAAGCUGGGGGAGUGGUAGCAGGAGAGGCAUUGAUGCACCGAGCUGGAGGAAAGAUGUGGUGUUGAGGGUAAGAAGGGCACGGAAGGCGUUGAAGAACUUGAGGUUACCAGUCCUCUAA